CAAGUGGACAUUUCUAUUUUUAACACUCCGCACUCUGCCCUGUCAACAUAGUCGACUGUGUCUGUUCCGUAAAGUUCAUUCAAGCCCUCGGAGCCUGCGAGAGCCCAAAUGUUGGAAGAUCUUCUUUGGUGAGAGGUUACGAGGAGUUUACCUGCAGGGCAGAUGGACCUUUGAUGGGAAUGUAGGUGCUGUCACUUUAAGGAAACCCUCAACCCCGGAGACUCCGCUCUAUUUGGGUUUCGCUGUCUGCUGCUGGGUCGGCUGUGAAGUUCUGGAAAGAGUCGAGAGGUGGAGAUCUGGAUUACAGAAGGUCCUGAGCUUUAUUCUGACCUUUCUGGUUGUUUGGACACGUGGACUCGGGGGACAGUGUCCACAAUGUCCAGUGAAGGUGAUGCUGGAGGUCAACCUUCCACAACAACAAUCAGUACUGUGGCUGUGCAGGCUGGAGAUUCACAGAUUGUUGUAGCGGUGCUAAAGUGUGGAGAAUUGCUGCAACUACAGUUGACUGAAGCACAACCCAACCUCCUGGAGAUCGGAAACAACAAGGAUGAGACAGAAAAACUUCUACAGGAACACGAGCAGCUUCUAACCAAACUGAAGAAACAUGAAGGAGGAGUGUUGGCUCUGCUGGAGAAGGCUGAUAAAACAGCGAAGGAAAAGCCGGGAGAGGAGGCGGUGUAUGAGGCCAUGGCUGUCUCUCUCAGUGAGGCGUGGAAGACACUGGUGACCCAUCUGGAGAAGAGGAGAUCUCUGCUGAUAUUGGCUUGCCAUUUCUUUGAAUGUGCACUGGAGUUUGCCAUCAAGAUCGAUGAAGCUGAGGACUUUCAGAGUGUUGAUGAAGGGCAAACCACAGCAGACAACAUGGAUGAAAAGCUUCAGAGAUACAGUACUAUUAGAAGAGGAAUGCUAGAGAAGUCAAUGCUGGUAUUGAAUAAAAGUCGUGAGCUGCUGGAGUUUAUAAAGGACUUUCGAUCUGAACAAGCCCUGCGGUAUGGUAAAGAUUCUCAUGGGGCCUGGAACAGCGUUGGAAAGGUUGAAGGUUUAAUGGAGAUUCUGCAGGAUAGGCGCAGACAAGUGGAUCUUCAUAUGAGACAACAACAGCAUGAGCGGGAAAUGAUCCAUCACAUAAGCCAAUGGGAGCAACAGGAAGAGGAAGUAACAAGGUGGUUUAACGAAAAGAUGGCUUUGUUCUUGGAAAACAAUCAGCUGGGUUCAUCCCUGUCAGAAAAUGAGGACUUAUUUCAGGAAUACAAAGAGUUUGAACAGAAAGUCAAGGACUGGGGUGUGCUGGUUGAAAAGCUACUACAGGAAGCAUCUGAACUGCUUUCCAUAAAUAAUUGCCCGGACCUUGAGCGUUUGUCUGAGAAGAGUGAGAAACUGAAAGCCUCGCAUCGGCGGAUCUUCAGUCUGAUGAUAACUCGUCUGUCUGAUCUACAGGAGAGCAAUGCCUUUUACAGGAGUGCUAAUAAAGCAUUUGAAGUGUUGGGAGGCAUAGAGGUUGCCAUUAAGGAGUUGAAGACUAAAUCUCUGCCAUUACCCGAGCUAGCCAAGAAACACGAAGAGUUUUCACGCAGUAUAAAAGAAGCGGCCACAGAGCCUUUUCAGAGAGGUCAGGUGUUACUUCAGAAACUCAACCCACAAAGUGUUGGAGGACUGCAGAGGAUGCUGGGAUACAUCAAAGAAAGAGUGGAUGUGCUGAACCAAGAGUGCCACGCCCACAGGAAGCUAACAGACACAAGACAGCAGGUGAUGUCAUCAUUUGAAGAUCUUGUCGAUAAGGUCUCCACUUGGAUCAAAAAAAGCCACAGUGUUCUCUCGGCUAAUACAGAACCUGGUUCAACUUUACCUGAGGCUGAGGACACCCUUAACAAACAUGUUGAGCUUCUCUCACAGUCUCAGGAUGUGAUAAAAGAAUCCGAGCCUAUUGCUAAUUUUAUAAAAGAGCUACGAGGGCUGGAAUCCACCGAGACAGCCGAGUUGUCCAACAAAGCCUCGCUUUUGGCAGAGGAGAUGAAAACGCUGGUCAGGAACAUUUCAUUACACGUUGAGAGUCUCAGACCGUAUGUGGAUUUCUUGCGCUGUGCUGAUGAGGUUGAGGAGCGCAUUAGGACUUUGCAGGAAUGCUACAAGAACAAGCCAGAGGAAGAGGAGGAAAAUGAAGGUGCAGGAGCAUCCAUGAAGGACAUGCUGGAUGUAAAGUGGCAGACGCUGCUGCAGAAGUUUUUUACCAUGCAGGACCUGGGUAACAACUUCAUCAACUCUUCUAACAUGGUUAGUGGCAACUUGAAUCUGAAUGUUAAAGAAGCAGGACAUGUUGUAGAGAAAUAUAUGGAGGCUCUGAGCAAGAAAAAAUCUGAGUUGUCUGACUUGUGGACAUCUUGGCAACUUCAUUAUAGCCAGAUCAAAUCUGUGAAAAAGCAGUGGAAACGAUUCAAGGAUCAGGUCAAAAAGGUUCUUCAUGAUUUAAGGUCAAUGGAUGAGAUCUUUGCUCCAGCAUCAAAAGUUGAUUUGGGGGGUGAUGCUCACACUGUGUCUAAACUCCAGGAGAACUUCAACUCGGCAAAGCCUCAGUUCCUGCAACUAAAUGCAGAAGUGGAAUUCCUGGUUAAGACUUCGGAGCUGCUUGCAUUGAAAGGAAUACCGGUCAAAGAGAAGAACGAGAAAGUUUCUGAGCUCCUGCAAUUGCAUCAGCGUGUCAGAGAUAAGAUGAGAGAGUAUGAAACCGUUCUUAGCAUGGCUGUCAAAUUUCAUCAGCUUUAUCAAGAGCUGGAUACUGUAUUAAAAGCCGAACCAGUGGCUGUGUUUAAUGACACCAGUCAGGCUAGAACUCAACUGAUUCAACAUCAGGAGCGACAGAAGCACGUUCAGCAUCUGUACACGCUCGCUCUCUCACUGGGUGCUGACAUCACCAACACUGUACAGCAGUCGCGGCUGCUGGUGUUGUCAGUAGAUCGGUUAUGUGAGAAGCUAGAAAAGUUGGAAAGAGGAAGCACUAACUGGAUCACAGAAGCAAAUAGGUGUGAAGAGAGUUUAAUGAGCAACGUCCACUGCUGCAUCUAUAAGGAAGAGAUCGGUGAGCUGAAGGAGUCCUUUAAGGAUCUCAAAAAGAAAAUCAACAAUUUGAAAUUCAACUACAUUAAGAAAAAUGAGAAGUCAAGAAAUCUAAAGGCUGUGAAAAAUCAAAUCCAGCAAAUUGAGAUAUACAUAGAAAAGCUGCAGGUUUUAAAGAAGAAGCUCCAAGCCUUUAGUCAGAAGGUAUCCAGCAGCUGUGAGAAGCAUUUAAUUGGCAACAGUCUCAGAGAGAUAGAAGAUAACUCAAAUGAGCUGCAGAGACAGGUGGGCGACUUUGACAGGACGGUGGAGGAAUAUAAACAGAACCUGGAAAUGAAUGUCAAGCUCCAGCAGGCUUUAGAAGAGUAUAAUUUCUGGUGUGAUGAAGCGAGCUCCACAAUUGUACGCGUGGGUAAAUAUUCAUCCCAGUGUAAGACUAAGGAAGCGGUCAGCAGUCUCUACAAACAGUUUGAAAAGUUUAUUUUGCCCACAAUACCACAGCAAGAGGAGAGGAUAAGACAGAUCACAGAGCUGGCGGUCCGGUUACAUGGUGCUGAUGAAGGGAAAAAAUAUAUGGAGAAAACAAUUAACAAGCAUCAAGAGAUGGUGGAAUCAGUAAAAGAGCUGUCGAAUGGACUGUUGGACCUCGAGGCCAAACUACAGUUAGAAACCCUGAAACAACCUCCGACACCCGAGGACAACAACAAACGGGACACUAUUGAUACACCUGAGCAAAAAGAAAGUGGACACACCCCUGAGAUGACCGGACCACACUGCACUAAAGAAAUACCCAUCAACAAGAAACCUCAGCUGCGCAAAACCAGAAGCCAUGAUUUGCCUGACAAACUUCAUUCAGAGCAUCAAAAGGUGUCGGAGAACAGAUUUUACACAGAAGAGGCGUUCUCCAAAACGAGCAAGGUGGAGACCAUCACAAGUAAAUCUACUGAAAAAAGAGAGGAGAUGCACACCUCCUUUAUUCAUAUGCACACCAUUAGCGUGAGCCAUUCCCCCGUGGAGCGAGAUAAGAGGAGGUGCAUGCUACAGCAAACCAAGAGGGACUCACAAGAAACCCCACCUCCCCCUCCACCCCCACGGGAUUCAGGCCUAUCACGACCAGGCAUCCAAAAGGAGUUUCAGGGUACAGAUAAACACAGGAUUAACUCUGAUGACAAGUAUCAGGGCUUUAGUAAACCUCUUCUGUCAGAUUUAAAGAAUGUGGGUCAUCACUCUCUAGAAGAUGAUUUUUUGCCACAUGGGACACCAGAACCAACAGGUCCAGCAGGAAGCGUGCCUGACGGUUACUUCCAUCCUGAACUUCUCACAGAGGAAUCGCUCUCCAAUGAUGAAUACGAAUGCACCUCACCGGACGACAUCUCCCUGCCUCCGUUAUCAGAGACCCCGGAAUCCAACAUUAUUCAGUCUGAAAAUGACCUAGAUGAUGGCUAUUGCGUAAGCUCUCACAGCCUUCGCAUUAACCAGCACAGUCACCAGUCCCAUACUCAACAUGGGGACACCCUUCACCAGAAGCGAGACUGGAUGUCCAGCCAGGCCGAGAGCAACCCGUCUCCCACUACUGGUUCGGGUGCUCGGUUCAGAGCAGAAUCGUCAUCUUUUGUUCAAAGCCCUCUUUCGGUUCCCGCUCCUAGUCUCGUAUCAAACACCCUCACCAGCAUAUUAAAGACCAAAUUUGGCAACCCACCAGCCAGCCAUACUGAAUCCCAUGAAACUGUUUACUCGGUGCAUGAGAGUCAUUCAGAAAUGCAACAGUGUGUGCAUGAUUCGGGUAAACAGCCCAAUAACACGCAUGCUAACCCUACCACAUUAACCACAGAGUCGGACUCAGAUGUUUGCAAGCCCGCAGCCAUUCGAGAGGAGAUCAGGCGGGCGCCAUCCAAAAAGGUUAUUGGUAACCUGGCAGCUGGCUCGGGCCCUAACUUCACCAAACCUUUGUCUAAUGCCACAGUAAUGGAGGGCUCUCCGGUGACCCUGGAAGUGGAAGUCACUGGAUUCCCUGAACCUACAUUAACCUGGUUCAAGAAUGGACACACACUGGCCAAUGAUGAGCACAUACAACUGUCCAAUAAAGAUGGCAAGCAUGCUUUGUACAUUCAGAGCGCUGCAGUGACAGACUCUGGGCAGUAUGCGGUUACCGCCUCUAACUCAGCCGGUACCGUCUCCUCCAGUUCAAUGCUACAGGUGAAAGGUAACGACAGCCCUGACUUUGACCUUCUCAAACUGGAUUGGCACACCUGCUUUGGCACUUUGUGUUUCUUCUUGUGGCUGCUCUACCUGCUUUUGUUUUAACGGACACGGCCGUUAACGUAAACAAGGAAAGCACCUGGAUGUGGAUUUCUCACCGUUAAGGGUUUCCUCACGUCACCUAACCACUUGUGCACAUUAUUAACUGUCUUUGGUAUGAAAGGUACAAGCGCUUUUUCACCAUCUGAAUUUGGCGAGCGAAAAUUUCGACUUGAGGAAGGUACUGUUACAUAAUGUUCCUGGCCUUGACUACUUAGGCACAGUUUGAUUACUGUUUUCAGCUGGGUUGGAAAAAAGGCAUGUAAUAAUGUAGUGACUCAAGGUUCACCACACCGUCAAAAGAAAUGGUCAAAAAUUUUCAGUUGCUGCUUCUUAGUAGUUUGCUCAUUUCACAAAUAUUUGGAUGUGGAAGUGAAGAAGAAAUUGUACAUCAACUCUUGCAUUACAUAGGUAACAAGUACUGCAAUGUAUUGGGGUACAUUCUUAUCCUGGUUUCAUAACAUCACAGAGAAAAAAAUAACCGUAAGCAUGGCAACUGGCCUGAUUCAGAAUGGCAUGGUUUUGCAACAGAAAGUAUUUGAACCGAUGGUUAAAAAAGCGCUAUAUAAUACAUAAACCCAAGCACAGAAGCAAUAGGAGAUGGGUAGUUGAUAUGAAGUAGCCUAUUUUUGUUGUUAUGUACUGUAGUGAAAUGCUAUGAAUUAUUUUCAACACCAUUUUACUCUGACUGAAAUUUUUGUCCUUUUAAACAUUCAUUUGGCUGGUCCAUUUACAAAUGAACUAGUAAAAGUAAAAGAAUAUAUAAAAAAUAGUGACCUGUCACAGGGCCUAAGACAAACAGU